GGAAGAGUGUGCGUAUGUGUGUGUGUGUGUGUGUGUGGGAGAAAAAAAAGAGGGCAUUUUGUUUUUGUGCUAUUGUUUCCUACUUGGACAAGCCAUCCUCGCUCGAUUGACAGCCCUAACCGCCUAACCCUCAUUAUCGCUGAGGACCUGAGACGUUUCUCUUGCUCCCGCCGGUCCACCCUGCCAUAAAGUCAGGUCAUUGUGGUGCCAACAACUUGGCAUCUCCCAGCUGUGCAAUCGCAAGCACAUUUUGCACCAGGGGUACGCUGCCUGCCCAGAACGUGAUCUCUAUCUAUCUUUGUGCCAUCGCCUUCUUGUCUUGUUUCCACUCCUUGAUGGAUCCAUAACCACCACAUCCCUUGCAAUGGGGCAGAUCCCUUCAACCACUGGUACCUCUCUCGUUUAAUCUCUUCCGAACCUCCCUUGACGUCCCGAUUCUGGCUUUUUUGUCUGGCCUUGCAUUUGACCCAUUCAAUUCUUCAUCCUUGACGGAAACCCUUUUCGACUCAAAAUCGAGUAACCUCGCUCCUUUUGUUCGCUCUUCGCCAUCCUCCAGCCUGUGGCGAGCGGAUACGACAUAAACCGACACUCGUUUCCAAGGGUUUCUGGAGGAUUUUGACCCCAACCGCCGGACGGACAAUUUGAGAACCGUGGGAAGGGGAAUUUGCUUAGGAAUCGACAUCAGGGCGAACACGGAACACCGAAUCCGAUUGAUCAAACGAUCUCGCACCGGCGACGACUCGGACUUUUUUUUGUUACUCGAGCCUUUUCGGAAACGACAACAAUAUGUUUUGGCAAACCGUCUUGUCCGCUUCAAUGCUGGCGGCCAUGGUGCAGGCCGGUUACGAGGUCAUGGCGAUUGAGAACCUGCUGCCCCGGGACCUGGAGAGGAGAGUCGAGUACUUUGGCGCGAACCAAGACCAACCGGCGCAUAUCAUCACCAAGAGGCAGACGACUAGCGCUGUCAUGAACAACAACGGCACCAUGAACAUGACGGCUUGGGAUACGCUGGCGAACCAGAAGUGCACAGAGGCCCUGCUUAAGCUGUCAUCAGCCACCAACCCUACCGGCGCCUGCGUCUGCUACAACCUGCCGGCCCUGAACAACUCCACCGGCACCUUUGAGGCCGACCUAAGGCUGUAUCAAGUGAGCACACCAUCGGGAGACUUUGCGGGCAUACCGCAGAGCAACAUCCAGGUCAGCCUGGCGUACCAGGGUGCGUCGGUGGCUCCGAUCCAGCAGUCCUCGGGGAACAAAACGGUCUCGAGGCGCGAUAAUGGACAAAAACAAAUCACGUUGCUGCAGACAUAUAUGUUUGCCGGCCAAAUCGACAAGAACAAGAUGGAGGUGACGAUGAACAUGGCUGCGAUCGAAGCACUCGUCAUGCCGGUCGUGACACUCUCAGCCGUCAACCAGGCGGGCCAGACCGUUAGCACGAACGUCUCGUCUAACGAGGCCGCCUUUGUGGCCGGCGUCUUUGCCGACAGCACCGUCAUGUCCGAGUUCGGUGUUGCUAACAUGGCCGUCGACCGCUCGCUCGAGAUGCUUGCCAAUGGCACCAUCGCCUUUGUCCUACCGGGCGUCUCGAUCAUGAUCUUCCCUGUCGGUUUGAUCGUCACUAGCAUCUGGACAGUUGGACUUUGCGGUGCAAUUGCAUUUGGCACCUUCAACCGCAUCGGCUUCCGCGAGCAGUUCAGGCAACGGACACAGUACGCCGGCAAAACCAACUUGGGUCGGAUAUGAGAGUGCACGACUUGCAAAAUCAAGGAUUGGGGAUUAGCGUAGAUGGGGGGAAGAUGAACAACCCGCAUAGACCUGCUCUGCCGGACUGCUUCGCAAUGCCACUCUUCGGGAAUCGAGAAACCGUGUGCAAUAACCAACGACGAUUAAAGAAAAAAAAGAGAGAGAGAAAAAAAAAAAAAAAACCUACGUCUGCUUUGCUGAAGAGGAACGACGAACCGAAACAUGGCAC